AUGAUCUCAGGUCAAAAUGCAGAAUAUUCUUCACUUGCAAGUUGUGGUUGCUGUCCAUCACCAGGAUGUUCUGCUAAAGCAAUGCCUUGCUCAUCGAAUGGUGACUGUGAAUGUCUUCUAAUGACAAUGACCGGUAGUGGAAUGUGUGCUGACACAAUUAUAUCCUGUUCUAACUUAACUCGUUGUGAACGUGAUAAUGAAACUUGUUUGACACUCAAUACAGUUUGUGUUAAUAAUACUCGUUGCAAUGUACCAGUGUGCUAUCCAAUCGAACGUGCUUCUUUCAUAGUAUGCCCAUCACUAAAUUCAAGAUAUUCGUCUACUACUCCUUCCAGUAAGAUAUUUCAUAUUUUAUUUUAUUUUUCAAUAUGUGUGACUUUUAUAAAAUCAACAGAUAGUAUCUCAUCGGCUGGUUCAACAAGUAGCACCUCAUCAAGUAGUACAACAAGCAGAAGCACAUCAAUUUCAACAAGUAGCACAUCAUUGACUAGUAGUACAACAAGCAGAAGUACAUCAACUUUAAUAAGUAGCACCACAUCGACUAGUAGUACAUCAAGGACAACAUUAAGUGCAAACGGAUCAGGUAAUAGUUCGUUCCUCAUUAAAGGGUAUAAUUCAAUUAUCUGUAAUACACAUAUAAAAAUGAAACAUCGACAAUUUUUGAAAGAACAACUCUAG